AUGGGCGGAAUUUUGUCGCUCAAAUUGCUGCCCUUCGUGGCUAGCUGCGCCUUUGCUGGUUUCAAGUAUCCAGAAAUUCCUACAGACUUGACUACACCAUUCCAGCAACGAUUGACAGUCUAUGGACCUGAUGCUGUGUCUGUUGGUUGGAACACCUAUGCAGAACUGAAACAGAGUUGCGUGUAUUAUGGCUUGUCAGAUAGCAACCUGAAUACCAAAGCUUGCUCAUCCUCGUCGACCACCUACGAUCCCUCCCGGACGUGGUCGAACGUCGCCGUCCUAACAGGCCUGACCCCCGCGACAACCUACUACUAUAAGAUCGAGUCCACCAACUCGACAAUAGGCCAUUUUCUCAGCCCUCGCAAGCCCGGAGAUAAAACUGCCUUCAAUAUGGACGUGAUCAUUGAUCUAGGUGUCUACGGCAAAGACGGCUUCACAAGCAAAAACACAAAAAAGGACACGAUCCCAGUCAUUGAGCCAGAAUUAAAUCACACCACAAUUGGUCGCCUCGCGCAAACAGUAGACGACUACGAGCUUGUCAUCCACCCUGGAGAUUUCGCUUACGCCGACGACUGGUACCUCAAAUUCUCAAACCUGCUCGAUGGCAAAGAAGCCUAUGAGUCCAUUAUCGAACAAUUCUACGACCAACUCGCACCAAUCGCAGGUCGCAAGCUCUACAUGGCCAGUCCGGGAAACCACGAAGCAGACUGCUCAGAGAUUCCAUACUUGAAUGGCCUCUGUCCAAAAGGCCAAAACAACUUCACUGAGUUCAUGCAUCGGUACGAGAAAACCAUGCCCCGGUCUUUUAUCUCCUCGUCAUCCAACGCAAGAGCCAAAACCUUGGCGCAAACGGCCCGAAGCCUUUCAAACCCGCCCUUUUGGUAUUCCUUCGAAUACGGCAUGGCCCAUGUCGUGAUGAUCGACACCGAAACAGAUUUCCCUAAUGCACCAAGCGGCAAAGAUGGCUCCGCCAAGCUGAACGGCGGGCCGUUUGGCAGUGCGAACCAGCAAAUCGAGUUCCUCAAGGCUGAUCUCGCUUCGGUCGACCGAUCUGUCACGCCCUGGCUAAUCGUCGCCGGGCACAGACCCUGGUACUCAACUGGUACAUCUUCGAACGUUUGCGGUCCCUGCCAAGAGGCGUUCGAGGGCCUAUUUUACCAGUACGGCGUUGACCUCGGUGUUUUUGGCCAUGUGCAUAACUCGCAGCGGUUUAUGCCUGUUGUCAAUGGUACCGCCGACCCCAAUGGCAUGCAGGAUCCCAAGGCGCCCAUGUAUAUUGUUGCUGGGGGUCCGGGUAAUAUUGAGGGCUUGAGCGCCGUUGGCAGUAAGCCUGCUUAUACGGAGUUUGCGUAUGCCGAUGACUAUAGCUACAGUACGCUUAGGUUCUUGGAUGAGCAGCAUUUGCAGGUCGAUUUUGUGAGGUCUUCUACUGGUGAGAUCUUGGAUUCUAGCACUUUGUAUAAGAAACAUGCGACCGAUUUUGUGGAGCAGUUAUAA